GUCUAACUGGCCCUGAUCCACCUUAAGAGUUCAGCUGCUGUACAAACCCUCUGGUUCUGGGACCUGUAGGAUCAGAGAGGGGCCAGACCCCCCAUGUCUGGACUUCAGAGAUGCUGAAUCCGGAGCUUUUGGAAGAAGUCACCGACCACUAAAAGAACUUUCAGACCUCAUCAGCAGAAAGAGGAGAGGAAGAGGAAGAGGAGAGGAAGAGGAGGGGAGAGGAGGGGAGGGGGUUUCUGUGCUUUGUAAAGUCCAUUAAAGCAGAUCUAAGUGUAGCUCACCGCUACACCUGCUUUUCUCUUUAAAGGGUUUCCUCUCCAGCAGCAAGAUUUCACCCAAAAGCAGACAGCCGGAUCGUCCCGCGCUGACGCGGCUGGUCGGCAGGAAGCGGCUGGUGGCUGCGGGGGUCCUGGGGGUCGUGAUGGUCCUGGUCCUGGUCAUCCUCAUCCCGGUCCUGGUGAACUCCGCGGGCACGGCGGCGCACUACGAGAUGCUCGGCACCUGUAGGAUGGUGUGCGACCCGUACGGGACCAAGUCUCCCACCAGCACCAGCACCAGCACGGCCACGGCGGACACGCUCCGGGACCGGGACCGGGACGACGGCCUCGUGCAGUCUUUACCCACUUUUAUCCAAGGUCCUAAAGGGGAACCGGGUCGUCCGGGCAAAGCGGGUCCGAGGGGACCUCCGGGUGAGCCGGGACCGCCCGGUCCGGCGGGGCCACCGGGAGACAGAGGUGAACCGGGGAGAUCCGGUUUACCGGGACCUCCCGGUCCCAACGCAGCCGCCAACGGAGCGAUAAGCGCGGCCACGUACAGCACCGUGCCAAAGAUCGCCUUCUACGCGGGGCUGAAGAAGCAGCACGAGGGCUAUGAGGUGCUCAAGUUCGACGAUGUGGUGACGAACCUGGGCAACCACUACGACCCGACCACCGGCAAGUUCACCUGCUCCAUACCGGGGAUUUACUUCUUCACCUACCACGUCCUGAUGCGCGGAGGGGACGGGACCAGCAUGUGGGCCGACCUGUGCAAGAACAACCAGGUGCGUGCCAGUGCCAUAGCCCAGGAUGCAGACCAGAACUAUGACUAUGCCAGCAACAGCGCCGUGCUGCAUCUGGAGCCAGGAGAUGAGGUCUACAUCAAACUAGACGGAGGCAAAGCUCACGGAGGAAACAACAACAAGUACAGCACCUUCUCUGGAUUCAUCAUCUACGCUGACUAAACAACAACAACACACCGGUGCCCUCACGGCCCAGUCCUUCUACCUAAUCCUCCCUCUACCAAUAAGAUGCUCAGACUUUUAAACAUUAUCAAUCAGCCUUCAUAACCUGCAUACUAUUUUAUUUUUUUUACAUUCUGCCAACAUCACUGUCCGAAGCGCAAGUGACUUUGGACAAUAGCAUCGACGAAAUGGUUGAAUUGUCAAAGUGUGGGAUCAAACCAUAUCCCAUUACAUCCCACUCAAACUGACAGCUGAUGUUUGUGUUAAUGUAGUCCUGUCAUGGAGCCUACAUAAAGAUAGGACAUUAAGAGGUGAUAGGUAAUCACUCUUGAAUCUGAUUGGACCACGAGCUGCCUGUCAACCAAUCAGGCCGUCUGUCUAGAAGAAAGUGAAAACCAGAUAGAAAUGCAGCAGCUUAGUGGGUAGUUGUAAAAACUGAAUACCUAGUAUAAUAAACUAUAUUCCUGGUAAUAAUUCAUAAGAAAGCCCUCAGUCAGUGUGCGUGUGUUUUCUUUCUUUUUUUUUCUGAUAAUCAUGCUGUGAAGAUAAUAAGGGAAAAGCUGGUAACACUUGAAGUGCAUUGUGAUAUAGUAGCAGCAGAUUAUGAUUUCCAUUAUAAACAUAAUUACCUCUUUUAUAGAAUAGAAUCAUAAAUAAAAUAAUUAUUUUUAAUGA